AGCGGAGCGCACAAGCCCCUGGAGGAUGUCGGCACAGACAGCGCCACGGACGAUGGCGGAACUUUCGACAAGGCGUUCGGUGAAUCCAUUGCAGGUACUUUUGCAUUCUCUCUGCAUUGCUUCUCACCCCCCGAAUAAACCGAAAUCGGGCCUUACUCCGAGAACAAGAAAAACCGGCAUGCCACUCGGUGCGGCACGUAUAAGAGCGGAAACCUCCGCUUGUAGUGGUUCGUUUUCUGUAAUCUGUAGUUGUUCGACAGGAGUAGAGGGAACGAAUAGGGAUCUAUCAGAAAAAGUAUUCAACGUCACCUGUUGUUUCACUUAUGUUUGUAGAUGAAUGUUGGCGAAAAGGACGUCCCUCAAAUGUGAAAAAGUCAACGAGACCGCGGACACGCUACAAAGGUACUACUUAUGCAGCCAAGAAGGACAGGUCAGCUGCGCCUGCGUUUCUCGAGAAGGAGGAGCAGGGGCGUUUGCUGCAGUUGUACGGAACGGGAGCAGAUGGGACGAGUCCGCGGAAGACAUUAGACGAAAUGAGCGACCUGGAACUGGCCUACUUCCAAGGUAUGUGGAUCGGGCAUUUGUCUGCGACUGUGCCUGGUGAGGACCAGAUGCUCAAAGUCAUCCAGCCGAUCACACUGCAAAAAUUGGAGGAAAUCCGCCGGCAACUGCGAUCACAGGUCGAGCACGACUGAUUUCGAUCUCCUUUGUUCGCUUCCGAGAGUUUUUGAUGUGGUCACUACCAAUAAUGAGAUGCUAUCUAGUUUGGGGAGGGCGCCAGGGAAGGGCGGUGGGCCGCGGUGCCCGGGGCGGCGGGCGAUUUUGCAAAUUCCAGAGCCGUAGUGGCUUGGGGCACUCUCUUCAGCCCGUAACUGUUUCGGACUUGGCGUCGGGUGGUUUUCAUAAUUUUAAAUACUCCUCGAAGUUCUGAAGUUCGAAUUCCAUGCAGAGGAGCUGCGAAUUUUGGGAAUUCGAAAAAAUGAUCCAUUUUUGAAAAUUGAAAUUUUUUUUUGGGAGAGUGGAUUGUUUCGGGAAUUCGAAAAAAACAUUUGAAAUUGGGAAAUUGCAAAAAUUUUCUCGAUGGUGAGCGAUUUUGGAAAUUCGAGAAAAUUUCUAAGUUUGAAGAUUGGAAGGCUUUUUCUUCAAGUAGCGCUACAACCAAACGAGAGAAGCAAAAACUUCACCCGGAUUCCGUGUAUCCAAUAUGAACAAACAAACAAACAAGAUUGGAAGGAAAAGUCUUGGUGUUGGACCAUUUUGGGAAUUCGAGAAAUUCUUAAAGGUUUGGAAAUUGCAAAAUAAUUUAUGGUGUGGGGGAUGUUUUCGAACUGCCCCCGCUAGGCAGGAGGAGUUUUAUGGAUUGGGAAGUGGCAGUGGCACACCAAUGGAUUGCGAAUCUUAGAUACUGAGCCCCAUUUCAAUUAUAUACUUCUUUCAAAUGGAUUUAUCGAGGGCGUUCAAAAAUUUCAGGAGUUUGAUUGAAUUGGAAAAAUUAACUCCAAAUCUCAGGCCCCGGAACUCCUCUUCCAUUUUCCCAUCUACCGGUUUGGUUCGAAGUUCUUGAGCUUUGACUUUAACAAAGACGGCGCAUUGAGUCCCGCGGAGUUCAAGCACUUCUUUUCGGAGUACAGCAACGAGGAUGGUGGAGCGGCAAAAGACUCGUCGACGUAUUUUGCGAUGUUCGACGCGAACGCAGAUGGCCAGUUGUUGAUGACAGAGAUGAUCCCGAAGUGUCCCUGCAUCGUGUCGCCUGGGGCCAGAACAACGGAGAAUCAGGACCAUUCUUCGACAUUGGAACUGCGGUCCCGUAUGAGAGCCGGGAACGCGCGGUCUAAAGCCAACGCAAAAGCGGCUGCAAUGCGGGCUGCGAGUGCUCCUAAUGUGGCGGUUACCUCUGGCGGCGCGAUUUACGAUGCAAGAGACGUUGAUAAGGAGAAAACAGAACAAUGGAUGAAGGACAAUUUUGUGACUCAAGGUGGGGGGCUGCUCCCCGAAGCCCAUGCACCCCGUCCGCACGGGCUUCGACCCGCGUGUCCCUGUCAUCAUGGAUGAAACAAUUGGAAUUGCACUUUGAUGGAUGCGCUUGCUUGAUGAACACGAGAACUUGGCAGUUUACUCUAUGUCUAGAAGUUGUUAUGCUGACGGCAAAUGUUGCUACCUAUGAAUAAUAGAAAAUCUCCAAUAUGUGCUUCCGCACCGGCGGUGAAGACUCC